GUGUCUUUGUGGGUGAGAGGCCUAUAAAAAGCCGGGCUGGAAGGAGCCGGUCAAACCAGAGAGCCUCCACUGAGACACACUGACACAGACAGACGAGAGGACGGUGUGUGUGUGAGUGUGUGUGUGUGGGACUUCCAGUCUGGCUAGUAUUCAGCACAGAGAGGUUUGAUCAGCUGUGAAGGACGUCUUCUGAGUGGCGGGAAAUCCCUCUAAACUUUUCUGUCAAGCGUCUUGUUAAUUUGUUUUGAUCUGCCGAGAUGGAUUCCGACACCGGUUCCACCUGCAGUCGCUCCUCAUCCCCAGACCUCGCCGUCGACUCCAGCUUCUUCUCCAGCAAGAUGUUCCAGCAAGCCGAGAAAGCCUCAGACGGCUCCCCGUCAUCCGUGGGGAAAAUCCGGAACCGCCCGGAGCUGUCCAAAUCAGACCUGCAAGAAUUGCGCCUGAAGGUGAACAGCCGCGAGCGGAAACGCAUGCACGACCUCAACCAAGCCAUGGACGGCCUCCGCGAAGUCAUGCCGUACGCUCAAGGCCCCUCGGUGCGCAAGCUGUCCAAGAUCUCCACCCUCCUGCUGGCACGCAACUACAUCCUCAUGCUCUCCAGUUCCUUGGAGGAGAUGAAGAAGCUAGUGGGUGAGGUGUAUGGCUCCAGCGUGGCUCAAAACCAUGCCCCGAGGCCCGUCUUAGCUCCGUCCCUGCACCCUCUGGCCCAGUCCUUGCACUCUUUGGCAGGUGGAGCCGCUGCCGUGAGCUCCACCCCCCUUCAGCACACCAGCACACACGCGGCUACAGCUCAAACUCCCCAUUCUCCUCCAUCAGCGGGAUAUCUGGGCUUCCACGCGCCACCAAUCCCGAGCUUACUGAAGGACCCACUGCAUUUGGCCAGCUCGUACCGCCACUUCCCCGGCAUGCCGUGUCCGUGCUCCUUGUGCCAACCUUUACCGGCAUCCACCGCCAGCCUGCACGGCCUUUCCAUGAGCAAGUGAA